AUGGAUCAGUCGGGGGACGCCCAGGCAUCCAACGCUCCAGCAACCGCCGUCGAAGAGUCGACGAACGGGAUUAUCACCAAACGUCGUUGGAGACGGAAUCGCAUCGCAUGCGACUCCUGCCAUUUGCGCCGCGUUCGUUGCGACCGCGCCUUCCCAUGUUCACGCUGUUUGCGCAGCGAUAUUCGCUGCGAAUUCACGCGCGAACGUAGGAAGAGAGGCCGCAUCGCCCGAUCCCGACUGACAGAGACCAAGCUGGUGGCGGAGCGACCGACUCGACCUGCCGAUGAACAACCUGCGCUUCCGGUGGUAUCGGAGACAGCUGCCUCUUCAGCCCGAAGAGACUCUCAUGUCUCACUCUCACAACACAAAUCCCCUUCCACAAACGCUGCCUCAGCUCCGAGUAUCGACGAGCGACGCUCCCAGACAGAUGCUCCGCUCCCGUCCCGCAGAUCAAGACCUGGUGAAAAUCCGAUGGAAGAAUGGCUGUCUGCGACACAUGUUUCGCCUGGGUCGUACGAACCUUUGGGAGGGCUGGGGCUGGGUGAGGGGCCUUUCCCACGGAUGUUUGACAUUUGGCACGGGGUCGAGCUAGCCGGCUAUAGCGACCCAACUUCGACGGCUUCCAAAGCCACCGGGAUCGGGCAGCCGCCGGGGAACUCCGUCGCAGCGUUGAAAUAUCCAGUCCUUAUGCCUCUCAUACCCUUCCUCGAGGGAAAUCUGCCUCGCAAACUCGUGUUCGAUCUUCUUGAAUUGUAUUUCACCAGCGCUUUCUCCACCCAUAUGCAUCCGGUCUGCCAUCACAUCCAUUGCUAUGUUCUACGCAAGGCCUCCUUUUUCAGUCGGGAGGCACCUCGCCCGAGCAGUCCUGCUCUGUUGGCCAGCAUGCUCUGGGUUGCUGCGCUGGAUGAUCGUGCCUUUGCGUUGCCUAUAUCUCCGCCCCAGCGCAAGAAAAUAUGCCAGUUUCUGUGCGCUCUGACUAUCAGACUACUCCGUCCCCUGAUCCACGUUUCUUUCAAGGAUGCAGACGGCGCAACCGCGAGUGAGUCCGCAUAUGCCGGUCUUGGACCGGAGGGUCCGCCAACGACCGUGCAUCAUCCGUUCGAAGUCGGAGGAGAUGAUAGGGGCCUUGUUGGUCCGGCAGGUUCACUAGACGAUGUUAUUACCUACAUUCAUGUGGCUUCAAUAAUUUCAUCCAGUGAGCAGAAAGCAGCGAGCAUGAGAUGGUGGCAUGCCGCAUUUACGUUAGCGCGAGAGCUCAAGCUGAAUCAGGAGAUCGAGAUAGUCCCCAAUGAGGAUAGCCAUCAUACGGACGGUUCCAGUCCGUCGUUCGAUUAUUCAUUAGCGGGUUGGAGUGGCGUCGACACGGGCCCCUUUUUCGAUUACUCCAACCCUACUCGGCCAAGCCUGAAUUGCGUAUGCGAUCGUAGCCAUGAUGUACGCACCGCAAUUACCGAGGAGCAUCGCGAAGAGCGGCGACGGACAUGGUGGCUACUAUACAUCAUGGACCGUCACCUUGCCCUCUGCUACAACCGUCCGCUAGCAUUGCUUGACGCGGAGAGCGAGGAUUUACUUUUGCCAUUGGAUGAAGGGUCGUGGCAAGCAGGCAAUAUUCACAGCAACAGCCCCAAGGCCGACGGACCACAGUGCCUUUCGUCGGGUGAGAAGAGCAAGCGUCGCGUAUUCCCCAAUUUUGUUUGCCACGAUCACUCCAUCUUCGGCUUUUUCCUUCCCCUAAUGACUAUCACUGGGGAAUUAAUAGAUUUGAAUCAAGCGCGGAAUCAUCCAAUGCUUGGAACGCGGUUUAAUGGGAAAGAUGCCUGGGAUAGCCAUGUCAAUGAGGUUCUACGGCAGCUUGAUGUCUACAAAGCGAGCCUGACGACCUUUGCGGCUAUCGCCUCCGAUCCGGACGGUCCCUUGCCUGGAGCUUUUCCUCCCAAGCCCGACCCGCAACCAGCCGAAGCCUCGCUUGCGCAGGCCUAUUCGUGGCAUACGCAGACGGUGAUUUCCUACGCCUCGUAUCUGGUUCAUGUGCUCCAUAUUUUGCUUGUAGGCAAAUGGGACCCGGUGUCGCUUAUUGAAGACAAGGACUUUUGGACUUCUUCCCCUGCAUUUGCGUCCACCAUCUCGCACGCAUUAGAGGCUGCGGAUUCGGUGGAUCACAUCCUACGUUAUGACCCCGAUAUCAGUUUUAUCCCGUAUUUCUUCGGAAUCCAGCUCCUCCAAGGGAGUUUUCUUCUCCUGCUGAUUGUGGAGCGGUUGCAAAAGGAGGCGGGGGACGGGAUUCUGAAUGCGUGCGAGGUGAUGAUCCGUGCCACGGAAUCCUGUGUUGUCACACUGAACACUGAGUACCAGCGAAAUUUCCGCCAGGUCAUGCGGAGUGCGGUGGCCCAGGCGCGUGGGCGGCCAGUUAAUUACAGCGAGAUUCGACACCGACGCAAAGCUGUGCUAGCGCUGUACCGAUGGACGCGGAAGGGCACGGGGCUGGCUCUGUGA